AUGAACAAUCCUCUCUCUAUAGGCUUCCAGGAGUUUUCUGAAGCACCGGUCAUCACACCAGACCAAAGCAACGACCACAAAGAUACAGCUGCUUCACGACAGUCCACACUCUCGCGGGUGGUAAGAUACGGUCACAAUGAGUGUUUGAACAGUGAGAAUGAUGUCAAACGCCUUGAGAGCAUCGAAGAUUCCAGUGCAGCAGAGACGGUUAUGGAUUUACAAUAUACCAUGCCAGUGCUAAACAUGGUCUGUACUGAUCAAAGCCCGUCGUUCGCAGCCAAGACCGCAGAGACACCAACAUCAUUGAUGUCGUCGUUUGAUACCCUUAACACGCCGAAAGACGACAUCCCCAUGAACCACGGUUUCCCGUCUCACGGUACAAACCUUCCAGUAGUCGGGGGAAUGAUGCCUCAGCAUCCUCAAAGUAUGUCGUUUUCCGGCAAUGAACUAUGGGCACCACUGCAGUACACCCAAGUCGAUGCAUGGCGCCCGCAAUGGGGUGCCGACCCGGCAUGGAGCACUGCGCCAGAGGACCUUUACAGUGGUUGGCACGAUUCACCAAACCUGAUUGCUCCGGCGAUGGAUUCGAGAUCUUCUUCACAGCCAUACACUCAUCUCUCCACAAAUUCAUCAUCCGCACCCAUCAUGGGGUUCCCUGACCACAAGAACCCUACCUCAUUGUCCGGCGAUUUCAGCCUGCCAGUUCCCCAGGCAUACACUGCAUACCAAGGAUCGCAAUAUAAUGCGUAUGCAAUGCAAGCACCAGCGGCAGCGGCAGCAUCAGCACCCAUGUCGUUGGCUUAUCUGAGUAACACAGCCUCUGAGGACCAGAUCCAGCCACAAGGCUGGACAGACCACAACACUCCCUCGAUUCAUGGAAGCCACAUCUCUAGCCCGGAGCCACUCGUCCGUCCGACCAGUCGCCUAUGUGGCAAUGCAUUCCUCGUGGAAUGCAAGCGCAAAGGUCUCUCCUACAAGGAGAUUAAACGCAUCGGCGGCUUUAAGGAGGCGGAGUCGACCCUGCGAGGGAGAUACAGGACUCUCACAAAGUCCAAGGACCAGAGAGUGCGCAAGCCUAAGUGGUCAGAUGCCGAUAUUCAACUUCUCUGCGAAGGCGUGGAUCUAUAUACAGAGAAGUCUGUGCGGCCCUACCUCGCCGCCAACGCCGCCAUAGCAGCGAUGAACACCAGCCCGAGUGCGAUCACAACCCCGGCUUCAGUAUCGGUGCCGGCGCAAUAUCAACAGAUGCAGGCACAAGCAUAUCAGUCUCCCAAGAUUCCUUGGAAGAAGGUGUCGGAGCACAUUUCGGCCAAUGGGGGCUCUUACCAGUUCGGCAAUGCCACUUGCAAGAAGAAGUGGUACGAGAUUCACGAUCUCUAA